CAACACAGCUGGGCAGCAGGCGUGAGGCAGAUCGCGCUGUUAUACAUUAAAUACGUUCACCUCCUUCCCCUUUAAAUCGUUAUGUCGGAACAUAUCCCCGGUUACUCUCCUAGCUUUAAGAAACCUUCAGAAAUCUUAAGAUUGAGUCGGCGGAGAAGCCGGAGCGAAGCUUCCAAGAGCCGUCCCUUCUCCCCUGGCGAUGCAUCCAAACGUAUCCCCGGUCUCCGGCCUUUCUCCCCCGGGCCACAGAAGACGGUCGUUGGAGUUAAGCGCAGGAAUCCAUUCGCUAAUUUGGAUAACACAGUGGGUAGCCCGGUGAAGAGGAGAGCGGAGAGUAUAUCGGAUUGUAGCCCUGUGCUGUGUGAGCCCCGGCUACUUGAUCUGGUGCACCCUCCCGUUAAUGAGCCAGAGAACGAGGCACCCGGCCAGCGAAUACCCGAGUUUAAAUCAAUUGAAGAUGUCAUUUGGGGGGAGCAACUUUCCACUGAGUCCUCUGCAACAACAAAGAUUCAAUCCCCAGAAAAAACAAUUAUUUCACAUGAGCCUCCAAAGGGAUCUGUUACUUUUCCUGCUGACUGGAGCCUUAAGACACGUUUGCUAUUCACAUCUUCCCAAUCAUUCAAUUGGGCUGAUCACCUGAAAGCCCAAGAAGAAGCUCAAGGGUUUAUUUUGCAUUCUCGUGCUACACCGGUCAAUUUGCCACACAGUAUACAGGAACCAAAGCUAUCCGCUGACCUUCGCUGUGCAUUCCAGCAAAGUCUUGUUUAUUGGCUACACCCAUCUCUUCCUUGGCUUCAGCUUUUCCCUAGAAUUGGGGCAGAUCGCAAAAUGGCAGGAAAAAAUAGCCCCUGGUCGCAUGAUGAAGAUUUACAACAAGUUUUAAUGAGUGAAUGGGCCCUCAGUUUCACGUCUUUAUAUAAUUUGUUGAAAGCGAAGCUGUGCCCGUACUUUUAUGUCUGCACCUAUCAGUUUACUGUGUUAUUUCGGGCAGCUGGCUUAGGAGGUAGUGAUGCGAUUACUGCGGUCAUGUCUCCAUCUACACGAGGAUUGAGGGAGGCCAUGAAAAACGAAGGUAUUGAAUUCUCUCUUCCUUUGGUAGAAGAGGAUCCUAACAAAAGGCAAAAGAACUCUGAGUCAACCUUGAAAAAUGAUGAUGGCACUAGUCAAACUGGUUAUAAUAGUGGAGGAGAUGAGGCUUUGGUAGACAGUGAGGAGGAUGAAAGCUUUUCUUGGUUGGAGGAAAUGGGAGUUCAAGAUAAAAUUAAAAAGCCAGAUUCUAUUUCUAUAAAACUUCGGCAAGAAAAGAACGAAGUCAAACUGGACCACAAGCCUGAAUCUGUUGUACUGGUGAAAGGGACAAACACUUUCACUUUACUAAAUUUUCUAAUUAACUGCAAGAGCAUAGUGGCUGCAGCAGGUUCUCAGGCAGGACUCCCACCAACUCUGCUCUCGCCAAUUGCUUUCCGGGGAGCUACAAUGCAGACCUUAAAGGCCAGAAGUGUCAAUGUCAAGGCUCAGGUUCAUUCCACUUACAAGGAUCAAUUUAGUCUGGAGAUAACCGGCCCCAUUAUGCCACAUUCUUUGCAUUUGCUGACUAUUUUGCUCAAAGCUGCUCAGAGUGGCUCUUUUUCAGCCGGUCUGUAUACACACGAGCCAACAGCAGUAUUCAAUACAGCAAUUAAUCAAGAAGCCUCCCAGAGCACUUUUACAGAACUUGGAAAUUGUGGCCUUCAUCCAUUAACGUUACAGCAACUGGCUCAAGCUUCAGUGCUUGGAAAAUCAUCAAUUCGUCAGCUAGACAUGAAGGACUACAAAUAUACUUGGAAAUAAUAAGCACUUUUAUACAUUGAUUCUAGAAAAUAACUUGCACCUGUUCAUUAGCAGAAACUUCUUUUUUUCUGUCCGACAUGUUUGUAUUGCACACUGGUGCUUUGUUGCAGCUUUCAACAGCCUUUUUUUCACUGCCAGAAUAUUGACUAAAGUGUAAUUCAAAUUUUAUGUGGACAUAGUAGGGAAUAUUUUAAUUUGUUGCUUCCCUGCUUUAUGAUGUGUAUAUAUAAAAUAGGAAUGCCUAAAAUGGAUCAUUAGCUGAGGUCAGGGAUUUCUGGUCAAGGUGCCUAAGCCAUAAUGGCCUCACUUGUCAUGAUACAUGAAUAUUGCUGCAAUUCUGAUUGAAAUCAUCUUUAAGUACUGGUCCUAUAUGAUGGUUGCUCUACUUUUCCUGGGAAAAUUGGGUCUCUAAUUUUAAAAGAUAUUACGAAGAUGUCUAGUUUUUAAUUUUAUUCUUUUAAGCUGUAGUUGUUCAUGUUACAAGUGGAAGUUACAAUCUUGGAAGAAAUGUUUGCACACUGCCUACUCUCCUGCCUCUUCUGUAAAUGUGAAAUCUGCCAUGUUUAAAAGUCACUGCCUUAUAUUCAAGGAUGAAAUGGAUUAUACUAUUUUUGUUAUCCUUGUUGACUAAGUUUUAGUCAAUAUUAAAUUAUUUGAAUUGUUUGUGCGCUGCUGUUUCCCUGCCACAUUAAAAUAUACAACAUUUUUAA